GGUUCCCGGCGCUGAGCGUUGGGGUUUGCUUCAGCUGCAUCCGGUUUUCCGGGAGCCGGCGCUGCUUUCGUGCUUCCGCCAGACCCCGCGGACUUCAGCGGGGACGGAGGUUUCGGAGCUGCGGGGCGGGAGCGAGCGUCUCUUCUUCCUCCCAUUCCGGCAGAGGCUUUGUCGCCGCGGGCCGGACCCCAGGGCGCCCCCGAUGGCGGGGCAGCGGGUGGAGGUGGACGGCGGGAUCAUGGAAGGGGGCGGCCAGAUCCUGAGGGUGUCUACAGCCCUGAGCUGUCUCCUGGGCCUCCCCUUGCGGGUACAGAAGAUCCGAGCCGGCCGCAGCACGCCAGGCCUGAGUUUUAUAAAUGGGUCAUAAAAUGUGGGGCUAUAGGCAGUCUGAAUGCACACAUUUUGAUGCAGUAUUAUGACCUGAAGGCCUCAACAUUUAUCUGGACUGGAAAUGAUUCGAGAUUUGUGUGAUGGGCAACUGGAGGGGGCAGAAAUCGGCUCAACAGAAAUAAUGUUUACACCAGAGAAGAUUAAAGGUGGAAUCCAUACAGCAGAUACCAAGACAGCAGGGAGUGUGUGCCUCUUGAUGCAGGUCUCAAUGCCCUGUGUUCUCUUUGCUGCUUCUGCAUCAGAACUUCGUUUAAAAGGCGGAACUAAUGCUGAAAUGGCACCGCAGAUUGAUUACACAACCAUGGUUUUCAAGCCAAUUGUGGAAAAAUUUGGUUUCAAAUUUAAUUGUGACAUUAAAAUGAGGGGUUACUACCCAAAAGGGGGUGGUGAAGUGAUUGUCCGAAUGUCACCAGUUAAACAGUUGAAUCCAAUAAAUUUAACUGACCGUGGCUCUGUGACUAAGAUAUAUGGAAGAGCUUUUGUUGCUGGUGUUUUGCCAUUUAAAGUAGCAAAAGAUAUGGCGGCGGCAGCUGUAAGAUGCAUCAGAAAGGAGAUUAGGGAUCUUUAUGUUAACAUCCAGCCUGUUCAGGAACCUAGAGACCAAGCCUUUGGCAAUGGAAAUGGAAUAAUCAUUAUUGCUGAGACAUCCACCGGCUGUUUGUUUGCUGGAUCAUCGCUUGGUAAACGAGGUGUAAAUGCAGACAAGGUUGGAAUUGAAGCUGCUGAAAUGCUAUUAGCAAAUCUUAGACAUGGUGGUGCUGUGGAUGAGUAUCUGCAAGACCAGGCUAAAUUCUCUGUGAAGAAAUCAGAAGAUGAAGAUGCAUCUAAAGACACUUAUGUUAUUGAGUGCCAAGGAAUUGGAAUGACAAAUCCGUAUCUAUAGGGUAUUUGCCUUUUAAAUAAUACCUCAAUGAUGUAUUGCACUAAUUCAUAAAUCCUAGAAAACAAUGAAUAAGAAGUAACUUAUUAAAGGACCUGACAUAAAUAUGGAAUGAAGUACAGAGUGUCGUAGAUUUGCUGAGAUUUGCUGUGAAUGCUUCAUCAAAUUAAUCUCCCUUUAUCUCCUGAGAUAAGGACAAUGAAAUAUGAGAGCUGAUGGAUAUGUAUGAUAGCUGAUUUCAAUAUUAAAGUAUUGAAAUAGAGUAUUCUUUCCA